AUGGCACCCCAAGAUGUGUUCUUUGAGGAGGAUGAGGACAACUGUCCGCUCUGCAUAGAAGAACUCGAUCUUUCCGAUCGUAGCUUCCGACCAUGUCCAUGUGGCUAUCAGGUCUGCCAGUUCUGCUUCAACAACAUCAAGAACAACAUGAACGGACUCUGUCCUGCGUGCCGAAGACCGUAUGACGAAAAGACGAUAGAGUGGAAAGUCGUGACACCAGAAGAGGUUGCCGAGUUCAGUGCGAAUAUCCGGAAGAACCAGAAGAAACGAGCACUCGACCAGCGGCAGAAGGAGGUACAGAAGCGCGAAGCUGAGAAAGAGAAUCGGAAAAACCUCGUCGGUGUACGGGUCGUUCAGAAGAACCUCGUUUACGUGACGGGGUUGACACCAACGGUUCGAGAGGAUGAGCUUCUCAAGACACUCAGGAAACCCGACUUCUUCGGUCAAUACGGCAACAUCCAGAAGAUUUCGAUCAGCAAUCGAAAGAGUUCGGACGGUCACAACCAAUCUCUCGGCAUCUACGUCACUUUCGAGAAGAAGGAGGACGCUCAGCGAUGCAUCCAGGCCGUCAACGGUUCUCAGAAUGGCGACAGGGUGCUGAGGGCCCAACUUGGCACAACCAAGUACUGUUCCGCAUGGUUGAGACACGAGCAAUGCACGAAUCGACAGUGCAUGUUUCUUCAUGAGCUGGGAGAGGAAGAAGACAGUUAUACUCGCCAGGACUUGUCCUCGAUGAACAGCAUCAACACCCAACGCCCUCUGCCACCAAAUGGCAGCUCGUCCCGAUCCGCCUCUCGCCAGCAAUCGACGCCCGCUCCUGGCCCUCCGCCCGGCCCAACACCCGCUGCCGCACCUGUUGCUCAACCAAUGGCUCGCUCCUCGAGUAAGGAUGAAUCAGAAAACGGGGGCGAUGGGUCUGCUCUGCCUUCCUCUGCGAAUUGGGCCCGUAACCCUCAGCGCAGUCGUAGAGGAAGUCAUGCUACUAGUGGCGCGGCUCCGAGUCCUGCGAUCUCGACGUCACUCCCUGUCACAGCUGAAGCUGUGCCGGAGGCCAUCGACGAAUCACCCGCUGAAGAGUCUUCAGCACCGUCCAUUUCCUCGCAAUCUGAAAGCCCCCCAAGCCCGGUAGUCGAGCAACCCAAACAGGUUGGCAUUCCGGAAAACAUUCUCAAAGCACUUCUAAAGGCCAUGGAAGCCUGUCCUUUCAACUUCGCUGGUUGUGAUUCAACCGAGACGAAUGACACUCCACCUAUGUUCGACAUGUGUGGUGGCGAGAAGAGACGAGCCAUGCGCGAAGAAGAGGAAGCGCGGCUCGCUGUGUCUGCGAACCCGCGGAUCAUGGCUCAACAGUCUGCGAUGAUGCCAUCGUCUUUCCACGCACAACCAGGUAGCCAGUACUACUCGUCUUCCAUGCCUGGACCACCUCCGGGACUUAAGUCGACUGGCACGCCGCCAGCUAUGUUCGGACAGGGCCAGGGGUACGGUGGCGCGGGCUUCGGUGCCGCGUCAAAGGAUUCUGCUGAGCUUCUUCAGAGCUUGAUCAGGGGCCGAGGCGCGGCCAAUAGCCAGGCUCAUGAUGCCGCAAAGCGUGAGUUGAUGUCUUCCUUUUCUAAUCAGUACCCACCCUCCACCUCUUCCUCCCCAGCCCCUGCUCCGGGUCUCCUGGCGUCGCUCUACGGUAACCCCCCUGGAGCAUUCCAAGACUUUGGUCCCAAGCAGCAGAAGAAGAAGGGGAAGAAGCACAGACAUGCUAACACUUCCUCCUCUGGGGGAGGUGGCCUAGUCGAUCUUGCGGACCCGAGUAUCUUGCAAGCAAGAAUGCAGCACCAGUCACAGGGCAGCGCCGGAGUCGGACAGGGACUGUUCGGUGGACAGAGCCAAGAUGAUGAACUUCCUUCGCUUGACGAAGCAUCGAGCUCCGUUGACGCGUUGGUUUCAGACGACCCAUUGGAUACGAACCUGUUCAUCCAAGGAUUCGGAUCAUCGCGCGCCUCUACAGCUACACCUGGUCCGCCGCCAGGCCUGGGUCUAUCCCAUAGACACCCAUCACCCGCCAUUCGCACCACGCUCGCGGCGCCCGUAGUUCCUACGAUGCUUCAGCAGCCCGCGCGGGUCGCAACCCCUACGGCUUUCAAAACGCAAACACUUGCGAGCGUUGUCGGCUCAGUCACACCCGAUCAGACCCCUCGCAAGAAGAUGCCCGGCUCCGAGGCGAAGAAAAGUAUCAAAGCAUUGGCAGUUGAGAGUGGUUUGUCCAAGGAUAUAGCCGCAUCUUCGCCAGCUCUUCGGUCAAAGAAGCUCCUGCAAGAAGAGGACUUCCCUGCCCUGGAUGCUGUCAAGAGCCCAGCACCCAAGACGAUCGCCCCGGCCGUGCCAUCAGUCCUCACGCCCAAAACGGCGGCGACACCCAGCAAAAGGCCUCAGACAGAAACAAAAGAGACGAACGCGUCUUCUGAGCCAAAACCCCUGAGCGAGCCAGUCCCGUCGACGCCUUCCAAGGCAACCGAGUCUUUGAAGUCGCUCGCCAUAUCGCCCAUCAAGCCUACGUCUAAGGCUGCCGAUUCCAAGCCAGCGCCGGUUCUGAACAUUGCCGCAGCCGUGAAAGCUGCUCAGGCAAAGACAUCAGCAGAAGCCUCAACCGUCUCCUCCUCUGAUAAAGCUGAUUCGGCUGCAUUUCCAGCCUUACCGCCAUCAGCAGCCAGUGUCUCAUCCCCAAGUGUCAAGGCAGCACCCAAGACUCUUCGUGUGGUGAACACGCCAAAGGCUGAAGUGCCACCCACGCUACCUAUGAGCGGCACACUGAACGCAGCGACCCGGGCUCUGUCUGGUGUCCACCGCCCUGACACGCCUGGAAGUCAUGAUAUUAGUGAUACCGCCUCGGUAGUGUCCACGUCCAUUUCUGUCUCUCGCACCAGCUCCCCGCCGCCCUCAAGGAUUGGUUCCGCUCCUGUCCGGACCAACACCAAGAGCCAACAGCGCAAGGCGCGCAAGGAAGCCAACAAGGUUGCAGCAAUUGUCGAGGCUGCGAAACCUGCUGAGCCCGAGGAGCAUGCGCCCAUCCUAGGCCGCAAGAAGAAGGUCAAGAAGGAGAAGCCCGUCAAAACCACAGAGAAGAAGACUUCAGCAACUGCGGCAGCGCCAUCAUCGACUACUGCUGCUGAAUUCAAGACGGAGGACACUGACAGCACCACAGUCGCUCCUAAGAGGUCGGAGGGUGCAAAGCAAGACCAGAAAGCCAAGGCUGGCAACACGACCAACGCUUCCCAAGACAAGGGGAAAGGAAAGGAAAAGGCCGUCGCGCCGUCGCCGAAGAACACGCCGAAACCUGCCUCACCAGAGCCCGCUGCUCCGGCUGCCGAGGAGUCGAAGGAUGCUGGUGAGAACCCCAAGACAUCCCCAGAGUAUGUCUUUCAUGAGCUUGUCAGCAGCGGCAUGUCUUUUGCGGCCGAUAUGCUGCAGUUGUUGAAGCCUGUCAACGACCAGAGCAACCGCGGCGGUGACCGUGCUGCCGCCGCCGCCGCUGACACCAACAACCCCCCUCCUUCGACUAAGAGUAUCGUGACGGAGAAGGAUCAUGCGAAGCUUCUUUCCGGAAAACCGGUUCGCAAGGUGAUCGAUGGCCAUCGGGUCCUCAUCACACCCAAUGGUGACUGCCUGCGUCAUUUGACGGAGCAGGAGGAACAGAACUACCUCUUCUACCAAAAGCGGGCGCGCGGUGCCCAACGGGUUCCGUCUUUCUUCCCGCCCCCGCCCUCGCAGCAGCAGCGCCUGUUCGCCGAUGACCCCGUCAACAAGCUGCAGCGCGAGGAGGCCAUCAGCUACAUCAACCAAUUUGUGCUGCCGCGCCUGAAUCUUGGCACCGCAAACCUGGGGUUCGCCAGCAACUGGAAGUCGCACGGCAACGCGAACAACAAUGCCCAGGAAUUCCAGUUGACGGGCACCAAGCGCGAUGUCGCCGCCGCAAGCCUCAACACGCUGGCGCCCUGGAUCUACGGCCACGACGCCGCCGCUGGCGCAGGCAUAUACUCGGCCGAGAGCGGUAACGGUGGCCUCCGCGACGUGCCCGAAGACGAGACUCCCUUUGGCGGCCUCGAUUCGGCGCACCCGCACCACCACCACCCGCACCAACCUCAUGGUGUGGGCUACGGCAGCGGUCCCGACGGCGUUGCCACGGCCGCCGGCCCGGGCGGCCCGCAGCAGUACUUGACCAAGCUACCACCCCUCAACGGCAUGUCCCUCAUGAGCGUCGAAGAGGCCGAGUCGGCGCUGCAACUCGCGCGCAAGGAGACGGAACGUCUUGAAAAGGGCCUUAACCAGGGUCAUCAAGCGCAACCGCCGCCUCCUGCUGCCGGCGGGAAGGUGACUCGCCGUGGCGGGCGUCACGACCGGCCUCGCCGUCGGCAUGCUUCCCGGCGGGGCGCUGCGCGUGGGGGCCGGCAUGGGCGUGAGGGCUGUCGUCGCGCUCAUCGAGCGCGUCUUCCUCGUCAUGCUCGUCCGCGCCGUUGUCGCGUGUGUCCAGCUCGUCGCUGUCGUUGUCGAAGUCCUCUCGCGGGCCGGCAGGCGGUUGGCCGUCGUGGCGCGGGUGUAACUGUCCUGUUCUGCUGCACUCUGCCUUUCCUCGACUCGGAGACAAUCGGUGUGGGGGUGAUUAUGACGGGAUUUUGUAUGGAUGAAAAAGGCCCUUGUGUAAUACCGGAGUGUACGAACUAG